CUCAGAGUGGAUCCUCUCCGAGUGGAGCUCCGCGCUGUCACGACUGGAGAGCCCCGACCCGACGUGAGAGAGGAGCGCGUCUCCGCGCCGCGCCGCGCCGGUCUCCACCCUCUCCAUCAUCUCCAUAGACAAACUUUCAAGAUCUGGGGUGGAACUUGUCUUCCUGGGGAAGGGUCAGCAUGGCGUCCCUGGUGAACUGUGCGUGCGUCCUGCUGCUGCCUGUUGCUCUGCUUCUCAUGUUGAGCCCAUGCCCUGUCGCUGCAGCUUCACCCAGAAGGUGCCACUCCAUCUAUAAAGGCUUUGCUCAGUGUCUCAUGGCUCUGGGCGACAGUCUGACGGACAGCGCACGCAAGGAUGAGGACAUGCACGAGAUACACUCCAUCUGCAGGUCGUGGGAUGACUUCCAUGACUGUGCUAAUGUGGCGAUGGCUGGGUGUCCGGAGGAAGCAGCAGCCGUCUGGGAGUCCCUCCGCCAGGAGUCCAAGAAGAUGCAGUUUUCCGGAAACCUUUAUGACAUGUGCUCCAACCGGAACAACCAUCCAGCAGCUUCCAUCACCCCCCGCGGCUCGCUGAAUAAAGAGGAAAUCAACCAAGAGUCUCUACGAGGGCACUCAGAUCAUCUGUCAGGCGGCUGCCACCUUCGCGUGCCGCUGUUAUCUCUGCUGUUGUUGUUGUUUUGGAUAUAACCACCCCUGAAGGAAUGAGAGUAGUGUGAAUAGAUAUAAACUCUGUGUAUUUUUUCUUCCAAAAGUCCAUAGACUUUCCACUGCUUCUUCAUCUACUCUGCCAGGGGUUAAAUAUUUCUAACUGCAUGCUACGAGGCCUGGCAGUCCUUUUGAUAACGUAUCUCCAAACUGCUGCCGUUUCAUGCAUAUUCUCUGCCUUUUAAUUAGUCUCUCUGUUGAAAAUUCCUACAGUGAUACUCAGCUUUUGUACAAACAGGCCUGCAAACACAUUCAUAGUUUAACAGAUGCAGACAGGAUCCUUGUAUCUUCUGUCUUUACCCCCUGCCCUCCUAAAUCUAGUAAUCAUACGCUUGCAUGUGAUAUUCCCAAGAUGAUUUCAUCUUCCUGGCUGUAAUGUGAGAAAAAUAUUCUACCAAAGCCAACUCAAAUAGCUCCACUCAAAUACUUUUAAUCAUGACAUUCCUCUCUUAUUAGUUGAAACUUAGUGCUGUUUUAGGUCUCUGGUAAAUUGACUCUGUUUUUUAUUUUCACUAUGUUGUCUGCACACUGGCAACAAGGAAGUUUCCAUUUUCUCAAUGAAGCUCUCCAGAAAUUUGCAUAAAAAAGAAGGAAAUUUCAACAGGAGAGGGUGACAUGGAUGAGAUGAGUAAUAUAGCGAAAAACUGAACUUCAUAUAAACAAAAAUAGUGUAAAACAUGAUGGAAAUGAGACAUUUAGUUUGGUGUAUUGAUUUGAUGAAGGUUUCCCCAUUGCAGUUCUAAGAUCUGACGUUUUGUUGCUUUUCCAAAUCAGUUUAAUUCAUGUCUAGUUUUACCUUCAAUAACGCAGCCAAGCAUCAAAUCUUUCAAAAUUAAAUGUCAGCCUUCAGACCCAAUUUUAAAUCAAAUCUUAAAAAUAUCCAUAAAAAACUAAAUGAAACCCACUUUUUGGCAAGAUAAGAACAUGACAUCUAAUAAAAAAAAAUGUAUAUUGACUGUAUCUCCCAGAAGUCACUUGACAGUAUAAGAAUCCCCUGCAGCCCCAACGGUGUUUUCUCCCAAUUACAAAUUCUACAUCUCUUAAACUUUUGACAGGCAGCCUUUGUUUGCCUCUAUGGUCACGGCUCAGGUGGUAGAGAGUGGUUAUCUUGGCCCGUGCGUCCUUGGUCAUGACACUGAACAUCCAUUUUGCUACCAAAGUGUUUAUGAUAUAGAACACAUUUAUUGCGAUUAUGUGAAUAAGUGGAUAAGCUGAAAACUCUUUGAAAAGCCCUUGGUAGAACCUUGAUGAGGGGAAAUAAGACAUACAACUGUGGGCCACAAGAGAAACUGAUAGCUUCAGUUAGGUGCACAAAAUGCUGGCAAAUUAAUUGGUGGAAUCUGUUAGCAUUAGACAGAUCUUCUUAAUCCAACCACGAGAGAAAAUAAGAAGAAGCAAACAUCUGCACUAUGCAUUCAAAGAGUCUGGCAGAAUUCAUUCUGCUUUUAUGAUGAACACUGAACAGAAGAUAUAUAGGAUAUAUAGGAGUGCUUGAGAUAGAGUAAUGAUAAUUUAUACAAAAAUGAAUGCGGUGUUCAUUCUACUUAAAAAAGCCUUAAAGUUGGGUCAACUCAAAAAGUCCAAUGUAAUUUCUUACGUCACUUUUUUAGAUGAAGUUAGAUGAAGGUAGUUUUUACAGUGUACAUGACUACAAUUAUCUUCUGGAUGAAAAAGAAUCAACUUUCAUAUUUACAUCUAGAUUUGUAAGUGCAAUACAUGAUGCCCUAAAAAUAUGAGCAGUUUACAAUCUCACUUUAUUUUCAAAUCUGGUUGAGGAAAAUGUUGAUACCAGAAGCAUCAGUGUCCCACAAACAGGAUCUCAUUAGGAAGCAAAGCCUUUCCUAUAACUGAGUGAUCAUCUUAAGUGGAAAACCAGCAGAAGGUUAAUAGAUUUGGAUAAGAAAUUGACUAUUUUAAAGAUUCUGACUGUUUCAAUGUUUGUCAAUGAAAGCCUUGAUGGAAUAUUCUGGA